AUGCGUCUGGCAAUUAUGCUGUCUACUACGGCUGUCGCCACUUACCUUACAACCUGCAGUGCAGUCGACCAAACCAAGGUUCUGAUGUAUGGGUCGCCAGCUCACUACAUACACGAUUCAGCCGGCAGAAGACUUCUUCGCAAGAACGAAGAGAGUGAAGAAACGUCUGAGGAGCGAGCCCCUAAUUUCAAUUUGGCGACUUUAAAUGAGGAGAUGUUUGAUGUGGCUGCGUUGACGAAGAAAGCAGAUGCCAAAAAGCUAGCUAAACAGCUUAUGGGUAAUGGUAAGCUGGCGGAUGCUGCAUACAUUUGGUGGCAGCACAAGAGGCUUACGCUAGACCAGAUUGACGCGUUCCUCAAGCUCGCAAGCAGCAAGACACAAGGCGCGAGAUACAAUCGGAUCUACAAUAGCUGCUAUAUGAUGCACCUGGGGCUCACUGGAUUUUAG